UGUUAAUACUAAUAACAAUAAUAAAUCAACAAUUCCAAUUUUACAAAAUUAUCAUAUCCUUCAAAAUUCCAAACGUUAAACAUUCAAUGAAGAGAGAGCCUUAUCAACUUCCAACCUUUCAAUAAUUUUUUUUUUCGAAAGUCUCUCUAUAAAUAUAAAUCCCUUCUCCAUUCCAUCUCUUCACACUCAAUCCUUAAAACACUCUCUCCUCUGUUUUCUCUGUUUUCAAUAACAAAGGCAUUGACAAUGAAGAAGAAGUCAUCAUCAUCAUCUCAGGCACAGUAUGAAGAAGAAUCAUCAUCACUUGCACUUGUUCAAAUCGACCCAAAUGAGCCAAUCAACGCACCAAUCGUUUCUUCAUACAACGACAGAAUUCGUCCCUUGCUAGAUGCAGUGGACAAGCUCAGAAACCUCAUGGUUAUGGAUGAAGGGAUCGAACUCCCCACCAUUGUUGUGGUGGGAGAUCAGUCCUCAGGCAAGUCUAGUGUGCUUGAGUCCCUUGCUGGCAUAAGUCUCCCUCGUGGCCAAGGAAUAUGCACGAGAGUCCCUCUCAUUAUGAGGCUGCAACACCAUUCGAAUCCCGAGCCGGAACUGUUCUUGGAGUUCAAUGGGAAAGUGGUAACAACUGAUGAAAAUAACAUCUCUGAAGCCAUUAACAUAGCAACUGAUGAGAUUGCAGGUAGUGGAAAAGGUAUAUCUAAUGCUCCACUGACUUUAGUUGUGAAAAAGAAAGGUGUUCCUGAUUUAACAAUGGUUGAUCUUCCUGGUAUAACUAGAGUACCUGUUCAUGGUCAACCUGAGAAUAUUUAUGAUCAGAUUAGAGACAUUAUUAUGGAGUAUAUACAACCUGAAGCUAGUAUAAUACUCAAUGUGUUAUCUGCUACUGUUGAUUUUCCUACUUGUGAGUCUAUUAGGAUGUCUCAGAGUGUGGACAAAACUGGGGAGAGGACUCUAGCUGUGGUUACCAAAGCCGAUAAGGCCCCCGAAGGGCUUCUUGAGAAAGUUACAGCUGAUGAUGUUAAUAUUGGACUUGGUUAUGUCUGUGUUAGGAACAGGAUUGGUGAUGAGUCUUAUGAGGAGGCAAGGAAGGAGGAAGCUAGGCUGUUUGCAGGGCAUCCUUUGCUUUCGAAGAUUGAUAAAUCGAUUGUUGGUGUACCGGUUUUGGCUCAGAAAUUGGUUCAUAUUCAAGCUUCAAGUAUAGCUAGAAACUUGCCUGAGAUUGUUAAGAAGAUUAAUGAUAAGGUGAAUUUUAAUUUGGCUGAACUUCACAAGUUGCCUAAACAUAUGUCUUCUGUUGCUGAAGCCAUGACUGCUUUUAUGAGAAUCAUUGGUUUUGUGAAAGAAUCUCUUAGGAAGAUUCUUUUGAGAGGUGAGUUUGAUGAGUAUCCCAAUAACAAGAGAAUGCAUUGUACUGCUAGAUUGGUUGAGAUGUUAAACCAGUACAAUGAUGAGCUUCAUAAGUGUACUGAAAGUGAUCACAUGAGAGAUUUUCUAAUGGAUGAGAUAAGGAAUUUGGAGGAAGCAAAAGAGAUUUCACUUCCGAAUUUCUUGCCUCGAGGCUCUUUUCUUACUAUUCUACAAGGUAAGGUGAAUGGAAUUUCUAGCAUUCCUAUUGGUUUUGUUGACAAGUUAUGGGAUUAUGUAGGUGAAGUUUUGAUCACAGUCUUCAUGUAUCAUGUUGAGGAUUACUAUCAGCUUCAGCUGUCUGCAAAGCGAGCCGGUCAUAAUUUGAUCGCGAAAAUGAAGGAAAGGUCUUUGAAUUGGAUGAUGGAAGUGGUUCAGAUGGAAAAGCUGACUGAUUACACUUGUAAUCCUGAUUUUCUUACAGAAUGGAAUAAGCUAAUGUUGCAGAAAGAUGGAUUCAUUCAUAGCAUUUUGCAUGAUGAAAAGAGACCCUUUAAGGUGAAUUUGGAUGGCUUUGGUGAGAUUGAAGUGGAGCACUUAAGGAAGUAUCCUCAUCUUCUACAUCAAGCAUUUGAUUUGAAGAUGAGAAUGAUAGCUUAUUGGAAGAUUGUGCUGAGGAGAUUGGUGGAUUCAAUGGCUCUUCACUUGCAGCAUUCUGUUUUUAACCUUGUCAACAAGGAUUUGGAGAUUGAGAUAGUGACAGAGCUGAUGACCCCUAUUGGCGGCGGCAUUGAGAGGCUUAUGGAGGAAUCGCCUUCGGUUGCUACAAAGCGCUCAAAGCUUACUGGAAGUCUGAAGAAGUUGCAAGAAUGUAAGGGUGUUCUUGCUAAUAUCAUGGACACUGUUGCUUAUGGUGAUUAGGAAAUGUGUUUGUUGGUUUAGAUGGUUUUGUUUUGAUUUUGAACUUGGGUUUUUUAUGUGUCAUCUUAGUCAUGAGUUUUAGUUUUUCUUUAAUCAAAUGUCUUAAACUUCUGUUGGGGUAUUUUAUUGUUUUUGUUUGGAAUGUGUGAAAUUACAGUGAUUUUCCUUCAAUGAAGUUAUAGUUUAUUGUCAUCUUAUAUAUGUGUGCCUUCUACUAAUCCAUUAUUAACAUUUGAUAUAUAUUACAUUGCCUUAUAUUUUGGCCUUUUAGAAAGAACUGUAUUAUGUAUGGAGCUUUUUAUUAGAGCUGCUGUUAAAUAAUCAUUAUCAAUAUUAAUGUGUUCAAAAAAUAAUUGUGCUAAAAGUAUUUAGUGACAAAAAUUAUAAUUCUUAAAUAUAAUUUACUUAAUCGCAACAAUUUUUAUUAGUCUAUAUAUAUAUUUUUUGGCAAAUUGUGACAAACUAUUGACAAUUUGUUUUCACUUACUAUUUUUUAGUAACAACUAAUUUUUUUAGGAUCAAUUAUCGUUUCAAUGGUAUAAUUUAUGAAUGAUAUUCAAGGAUUUUUCAUUUUUUUAAAUGAAAAAUGUAUCAAAGAUUUAGGAGCACAACCUUACCGAAAGAAGAAAAGAAAAGAGCACAAAUACAUGUUAAUAAAUGUUUGACUGAAUCUCUUGAAUUGAAUUGAACUGAAUUAUAUUAGUACUAUACAUGUUUGAUGCAUUACAAAAUUAAAUAAAGUAUACAU